UUUGCACCAGUGUACUCAUAUGUAACUGGUUUAUUAAUUCUGUUAAAAAUCGCAUUAUUGUCUUUCGUAAUGGCUAGCGCUAAGGGAGCAGGCAUUCAAGGACUGUUCAAGGAACAUUGUGUUGUGCCUGACGUCAUUUCUGUUGCGCCACAAGAAUUGGUGGAGAUCAAUUUCUCAAAUGGCAUCAAAGUCGAAAUGGGCAAAGAAUUAACACCUACUCAAGUUAAGAACCCACCCACAGUGAAGUGGGCAGCUAAGGAAUCUGAAUAUUAUACAUUAGCGAUGGUUGACCCCGAUGCACCAAGCCGAGAAAACCCAAAAUUCCGAGAAUGGCAUCAUUGGCUUGUAGGAAACAUUCAAGGCGGGGACAUGAAUAAAUCUGAAGUUCUCUCCGAUUACAUAGGAUCUGGGCCACCAAAAGGCACUGGCCUUCACCGCUAUGUAUUCCUUAUCUACAAACAGCCCGAAAAGUUAAAUUUUUCCCAGGUCCCUAAGCUUCCCAACAAUUCUGGUGAUAAAAGAGGAAAAUUUUCAAUCUCCUCUUUCGCUACAAAGUUCGGAUUGGGGUCUCCAGUCGCUGGAAACUUCUAUCAAGCUCAAUAUGAUGAUUACGUGCCAAAGUUAUACCAAAAGUUAAAGGGUUAAAUAUUUUCAAUAGAAAAAAACCGGUAAUUAUUAGU